AUGGUCCCAGAGGAACCAACCUACAUGAAAGUCAAUGUGGUUACAGAGGAACCAACUCACGAAAUUCUAAUGGUCCCAGAGGAACCAACCUACACGAAAGUCAAUGUGUUCUAUGUGGUCCCAGAGGAACCAAACCUACACGAAAGUCAAUGUGGUUACAGAGGAACUAACUCACUGAAGUUCUAUGUGGUCCCAGAGGAACCAACCUUUCCGAAAGUCAAUGUGGUUACAGAGGAACUAACUCUCACUGAAGUUCUAUGUGGUCCCAGAGGAACCAACCUACACGAAAGUCAAUGUGGUUACAGAGGAACUAACCUCACUGAAGAACCAACCUAUGUGGUCCCCAGAGGAACCAACCUACACGAAAGUCAAUGUGGUUACAGAGGAACCAACCUCACUGAAGUUCUAUGUGGUCCCAGAGGAACCAACCUCCUGAAUGUCCUAACCUACAGAAAGGGUCCAACCUGUGAGUUCAAUGUGGUUCCCAGAGGAACUAACCUCCUGGAAAGUUCUAUGUGUGGUCCCAGAGGAAACCAACCUACACGAAAGUCAUGUGGUUACAGAGGAACUAACCUCACUGAAGUUCUAUGUGGUCCCAGAGGAACCAACCAACCCGAAAAUGAACCAACCUCCACGAAUGUCAAUGUGGUUACAGAGGAACUAACCUCACUGAAGUUCUAUGUGGUCCCAGAGGAACCAACCUACACGAAAGUCAAUGUGGUUACAGAGGAACUAACCUCACUGAAAGUUCUAUGUGUUCUAUGUGGUCCCAGAGGAACCAACCUCCACGAAAGUCAAUGUGGUUACAGAGGAACUAACCUCACUGAAGUUCUAUGUGGUCCCAGAGGAAACCAACCCACACGAAAGUCAACGUGGUUACAGAGGAACCAACCCCUGAAGUUCUAUGGUCCCAGAGGAACCAACCUCACGAAAGUCAAUGUGGUUACAGAGGAACUAACCUCACUGAAGUUCUAUGUGGUCCCAGAGAAACCAACCAACACGAAAGUCAAUGGUUACAGAGGAACUAACCUCACUGAAGUUCUAUGUGGUCCCAGAGGAACCAACCUACACGAAAUGUCAAUGUGGUUACAGAGGAACUAA